AUGCACUUGAAGUUCGUCUUCAUCCUGCUACUCGCCCUCGUGGCCGAGUCAGUCUUUGCCCGUCUCCAGGGCCACCAUCGUCGCCACAUCCAUGGCAAGCACCUCGCUAUCAAGAACGACAACGACAACGACAACAUCGGUUCUGGUUCUAUAAUCGAACCUCGCACUCUUACCGACGUCAACGGAAAUGCUAUCGGUAUCGGUCCUCUCACUGCUACGCUCGGCAUCCUCCCUGGUGCAACUCUGGCCCCGACCAACGAUCACCCUCAUGAAGACCAUCCACACGAUGGUCAUUCCACUCACGGUGGUCACCACGAAGGCCAUUCUCAUGGUCAUCAUCCGCAUGGUGGCCAUCCCCACGACGGUCACCCCCACGGCCACGAUAAUGAGGCCAGCCCGCACCCCAUCAAAGCAACCGCAGCCUGGGACCAGACCCCUCCCGACGGCCAAUUCACCUGGGACGGCUUCAGCGGACGCACGCAGUCCCAAGGCGACGGCGUCGGCUACAAAGGCAACGUCGGCGACCCAUGGGGUAGCAACAUCAUCCUGCUCGACUCCGAAACCGACGCUCCGUACUACAAAUACGUCGCGCAACUGCACGGCCCUAAAGACGCCAACGCGCAGCCCUGGAAAGUCGUCUUCUGGAACAAGAUCGGCCCAGAUGGCAAGAUAUCUGGCUGGUACCAGCACUCUGCGCUUGAAUUUGAUAUGCUGCCCAAUGAGAUCAAAUAUGUGGCUUUUGACAAGGACUCGCAGGGUGGGUUUGGUGCUGCGCCUGGGGACCAUCUUCCUACCGAUCAAUGGGGUGGUUGGUCUAGUACUUGGGGCGAGUUUGACUUUGGUGAUGUGAAGAAUCAUGCCAUGUCUGGAUGGGAUGUGUCGUGUAUUCAGGCGCAGAAUGCCGGGCAGGAGGUGCAGGGGAUGAGGAUGUGCUUGUCCAAUGGGGACAAGUGUUCUACUAUCACGAGGGGCGCGAAGAAAGUUGAGAAUGCGUAUCCGAGUGAUAAGGCUGGAGUUGAUGGAUUGGGAGGUGUUGUUGGGGCAGGGGCUGUUAGGAUUGUUGUUGAGCUGGACUAUGAUGAGUAG